AUGAUAGAAUCUCAUCCUCCUGUUGUAAUUGAAAAUUCUUCAUGUAAUAUAAGAGCUGGAAUUGUAGGAGAAGCAUCCCCUAGAUGCUGUUUUCCAACUCGAGUCCUAAAAGUGCAAGAUUCUUAAGCGAUUAAAUUUUUAAUUGGCAGUCAGAUUGAAGAAAACUAAAACAAUAAUUAACCUUGUUAUCCAAUUUAAAAUGGUUAUAUAAUAGAUUGGGAAGCUAUGGAAUAGAUUUGGAGAUAUAUUUUUGAGGUCCAAUUAAAAAUUUCACCUUCUAAUCAUCCUAUAUUAUUGACAGAAGCACCUAGAAAUUCAAAAAUGAAUUAAGAAAGGAUGACAGAGAUAAUGUUUGAAAAUUUUGACGUUCCUUUUCUUCAUAUUUCAAAUCAAACUGUGCUUUCAUUGUAUUCAUUAGGGAAAACUACAGGUGUGAUUUUAGAUUCAGGUGAAGGUACCACAUAUUGUGUACCAAUAUAUGAAGGAUUCUAAUUAAGACACUAGCUUUCAAGAUUGGAUAUAGCUGGUAGUAACUGCACUAAUUAUAUGAUAUAAUUGUUAAAAGAAGAAUUUCUCAAAAUGUAUACUCCAUUUUAAAGAAAUUAAAUAGGAAAAGCUAUUAAAGAAUGUUUAUGUUAUGUAGCAUUAGAUCCAAUAGCAGAAGAGAAUAAAUAUUAAGGAAAUACUUCACAUAAUAGUUCAUAUAUUUUACCUGAUGGAAAUAAAAUUUAAAUUAAAGAACAAAAAUAUUAAUGUCCAGAAAUUUUAUUCAAUCCUAAUAAGGCUGGAUAUGAAUUACCAGGCAUUCAUGAAAUAACAUAUUAAUCUAUAUCUAAAUCUGACAGAGAUAUUCAACAAUAACUCUAUAAUAAUAUUGUUAUUACUGGAGGAACAACUCUAUUCCCUGGACUUUAAGAAAGAUUACUUAAGGAAAUUGAAAAUUUGGUUUAGACACCAUCUUAAACAAGGGUAAUUGUACCUCCAAAUAGAUUAAAUUCAACUUGGAUUGGAGGAUCUAUUUUAUCUACAUUAACGAAUUUUAAACCAUUUUGGAUUACAAAACAUGAAUAUGAAGAAUUCGGACCUAAAAUUGCUCACAUUAAAUGUUUUUGA